AUGAAUCCACAAUUCUGCCGCCCAUUUGUUAUGAGACCCAAGCUUGUCCCUGUUGUUGUUAGACCCACUGUUCCAGCUGAUUACAGAACAUUUGAUCCACCUUCUCCUACAUAUAACAUUCCUCUGUUUCCCAUCCCUCUUACUGCUGAUGCUGCCCUAACAACACGAAAAACCAGAUGGGAACUAGAAAAGCUGGGCAGUCCUACUGAUGGUUGGACUAAGGAGUUGUUCUUUGAGCUUGCAGCACAGAAGAACGGUAUCAGAAUUGGAAAAGAGCAGAAUAAAGGUGAUAGAAAUUACUGUAUGUGUUUGGUCCACCGUUGUUUGGUCAAACCUCUUCUAUAAGCUACCUCUAAGAAAUGGCCACAAGGUGUUUUCCUGAUCACCAUUUAUUUUUUUUUAGAUUUCAACCAUGGUUGCAACUUAGUUGUUGUUAAAGUUGUUGUUUUUCCUCAAUUUGAUUCCAUUCUUUUAAAUCAUAAAAAUGAUGCCUCACUAUUACUUUGGCUUCCCUACAGCUUGUAGGUGCACUUGAAUUUUCAUUUUAUAAUGUGUGAUGGUGCCUGCAAGGAGCUACAGUGUAUUAGAAGUACUUUUUAUAUUGUUAGAAAUGACUCCUGGGUUCAAACCCUUCACAGGUUAAUACACAGUAAUGAUAUAAUUUUUUGUCCUGCAAAGUACAUGUACUGUUGGUUAAUAGUGGUUCACUGACCAUAGGACUUUAUCUCUCCUUGACAGCGGGAGCAACAGCAAAGCAGAGUGGUUCUCUGGAGGACUUUAAAAAGAUUGCUGAGAAAAAUGGAAUAAUUGUUUGCCCAGCAGGUAAUGAAAUACUUAGAAAAACCUAGAGGUGUGAUAUUAUUACAGUUGUACUUGGAUAUUCUAUAAAAUUAGUAUUGGAGAUGAUCAUUAAAUACGAGGUACAUGUACAUCACACAUGAUUUGAGACUAUUUGUGGCUCUCUUUGGCCAUUAUUGAAAACAUAUAAAAGGAUUGUAACUUGUCAGCUUUUCAUCCAGAAAUGAACUUAAAAUCUACCUCUUCUUAUUACCGGAGCCAAGUAAUUUUGAGGGAGAAAAAAGAUACUUGUUAAUGAAUCGUACAAGCCUUAUAACAAGAAUUACACCUGCGGAAGAUACUGGUUCCAUUUAAGUGGCUAUAGACCUCUUUAGCUUGUAUGUUUUGUUUUCCCAGUACAGGUCAUGUGUUAAUACUCUAGAGAACUAUUUCUUUCAAGUUUUGUUUUAUUCACUUGCAUAUGUGUGCAUAAUUUAUGAAAAGAUAAGGGUCAAGUUCCCCUGGGACUUCUAUUGGGACAGCAAAACAUACAAGGUGAAGAGGUCCACUGUCACCAGCCAGUACUUUUUCCUUAUUGUGUCAGCUCCUCUAUCUAAUGUUUCUAUUUACUGGGUAAAAUGUCCAGUGGUUGUUACUGGAACUGAAAGGCAUUAUUAUAAGAUGAUAGGGAUUCAGAGAAUUUUUCAGGUAGACAUUUGAUCUGCAGUAUUGUUGCAUGUUUCUCAGUUUAGCUCUUGUUAAAAGAAAGAGUUUCCUCAGGGUUCGCAAAUACGCCAAAUUUGGCGUAUUUUAUGCCAAAAUUGUUCAGAUGACUCCACUGAUGUUACAGAGGGAGUCACUUCGACUCCAAAAAUUUUCGGUAACAAACAGGGAGCCACUUCGACUCCAGAAAUUUUCGGUAACAAACACAGUUUUGUCCUUACCUUUUUCACAACAAAUACAAUUUACAUUAAUUGUAAACAUUGUAAACCUUAAUUAAAUCAUCGAAAUUAAAGAAUUAUACUGCACGAUAAAACAGGAAGAGGGUAAAUUACGAUCAAAGUUUACUCGAUGACCGCCAUCAUGGAUUUGAGCUUUCCAGGUCAGCGGACCACCACAGCUACUUCGUGUGUCCCUCACUAUAGUGUAUACAUGCUCGGACCACAUGCUGGAAAGUCUGAUACUUGACUCCAAAUAUUCCAAAAUGACUCCAAAAUUUGUGAAGCAGAAGUCACACUGACUCCUCUCAUCAAUAAAAUUUGCAAACCCUGGCUUCCAGUUUGGCAUGGUACAUUGCAAGGGCAAACAGUGCAAUCUUAGUUGCCCUUUAAAAGAACUAAUAUAUUCCUGUUCUAUAAUACCAGCAGGUUCAAAAGAUAAAGUAGCGGUCACUAGUGCAUAUAGUUCAGUGGUGAACAGUACAUCAGAUGCUAUUGGGGGAGAUGAAGGAACACUCAUUUCUACAACAUUGGCACAAGUUGUGUUAUCAAGCAGCAGUUUGUCAGCAGAAGCAGAGAGUUGGGAAAACUCUUGUAGAGAGACACAUGUUGGAAAAGUAGAGAANUCCAAAUAUUCCAAAAUGACUCCAAAAUUUGUGAAGCAGAAGUCACACUGACUCCUCUCAUCAAUAAAAUUUGCAAACCCUGGCUUCCAGUUUGGCAUGGUACAUUGCAAGGGCAAACAGUGCAAUCUUAGUUGCCCUUUAAAAGAACUAAUAUAUUCCUGUUCUAUAAUACCAGCAGGUUCAAAAGAUAAAGUAGCGGUCACUAGUGCAUAUAGUUCAGUGGUGAACAGUACAUCAGAUGCUAUUGGGGGAGAUGAAGGAACACUCAUUUCUACAACAUUGGCACAAGUUGUGUUAUCAAGCAGCAGUUUGUCAGCAGAAGCAGAGAGUUGGGAAAACUCUUGUAGAGAGACACAUGUUGGAAAAGUAGAGAAUGCUCCUGAGGCUACUGGAAGUGCAAGUGAGUUUGAAGCAGAGGUGGAAAAAGAAAUGAAUACUGUGUUUCCUGUGAGUGAUCUUUUCAAGAAUACUGUGGCAGGGAAUUGCCUCAGAAUUGAAGAAACAAAGGACUGUGAGAAAAUUCAGAAAGUUCAGGGUUACAGUGUUUCUAAGGAAUGUGAAGUCAUCGAUGAGGAAACUGUACACAUUGUAGGAAAACUGUCCACAGAAAAUAAACCUGUCACAGGGUCUUAUGAACCAGUUGUGAGUUUUGAAGCUCCAGGAAAACCUGAUGCACUUCAGUGUGAAAGUUUUGAAACAAAAACUCUUGAAACAAGAAUGGGAAAAACAAGUUCAAAAGAUGAAUCUGAAAACCUAGAUGUAGAGAAAAAAGAAGAGAGUUUUGAAACUGACAAGGCAUCAUGUGACACUGCUGCUCCUUCAGGAACUGUGCUCGCAAGUGAACAUGUUGCAGCAGGUGAAAGGUCUUUGACAGAAGCUGCUCAAAUCAAGACAUUUCAAGAACUUGCUGGCCUCAAUGGUAUUAAGGUUGGCAAUGUUUCAGGUGAAAAUUAUUCAACUACUAAUUCCUACAAAGAGCUGGUCUCAGGGGCUGAAAGUGUAGCAGAUACUCAAGACGACCAAGACGCUCAAAUUGCCAAAUUUCAAGAAAUGGCUAGAUUGAAUGGGAUUAAAGUAGGUGAUGGAAAUCCUAGCAAGAACUCUGGUGACAGUUCUUUGGAACAGCUUGAAUUUAUAAUGAAUCAGAACGCACAAGGCAGUGAUUAUUAUACAGACAUGUACACAUGUCCUUAUGAGCUGGAUCCAGAUCCGCAAAUUGCCUUGUUUCAAGAAAUUGCACGUUUGAAGGGUAUUAAAGUAAGCAAUUCAAGAUCUUCAUCGCAUUGCUCUAGUUCGCCUGCUCCUAGUGAAGAUCUCUUCUUCCCUCAAGAAGACAUGCUUGAUCCCCCAGCAAAGCAAUCUGUUGUUACAAAGAGAGGUGUCUUUGAGGAACUGGCAAAAAGAAAUGGAAUAAAAGUUGGGAAAAGCACUGAAACACCUGUUGGUGCAAAAAAGUGUCGUAAUGAUUGCAUUGCAACACCUCCAGUUACCAGUGUUACACAAGCUAGUACGCAAACUGAUGUCACCGUUGUGUUCGAUCGUUGUUGUCAAACAGGCAUGGAGACUAACAAGACCAUAGGGAUUCAAGUGAGUGCAUCCAAAGAGGCUUUUGAAGAGGAGUAUCUGCUAUGGAAACUUGAUGACAAAGCCACUGAAGAUGAAGGAGAUGAUUUGUGUUAUAAAGAUUUGUACUUUGAUGAAAAGAAAUUGCGGGAAGAACUGAAUACAUGUCUUCAAAAUGAAAAGGAUGUGUCUGCCAAUGCUAGACAUAACCACAAGCGAGUUAUGGAUCAGUUAAAAGAGGAUAUUAGUGGGAAAUCUGAGGAAGUUGAGGUGAGUAUAACUUACAUGCACACAGCAAACGUUCAGGCAAGGAUUACUGUGAGGUGCACAGCCUAUCUUGAACAUGCACAUUGUGUGCAUCUUCUUAUCCUGCACCCUGUAUUAUUUUCUUUUGCUUUUGGUUUGCAGGCACAUUGUCAACAGACUGUUUAGAGCAAAGGCUUUUCUUUGUAGCAACAAUAAUUUUUAUUGUUUUUUAGAAAAAUUUAAACACUAAAAGGUGGCAAGGGUACACUUGACAGACCCUUUCUGGGCUCUAACUGAGUUUAUCUAAUCAUUAGAAGUUGUUAUACUUAAAACCAGAUUGUCUCUCUUUGUUUUCAGAAACUAAAGAAAGAUCUCAAAAAACUUAAAAGACACAAAGAAACUGAAAUCAAACGAAUAUCAAAGGAGCUGAAGUCCAAAGAAGAAGACCUGGAGGCGACUAAAAUUGCCCUACAACUCAAGGAAGCUGCGUUGGAGACCCUGAGGGUAGUAGCUCAUGAGCAAACUGCUAAGCUGAAGUCUCUGGAAGAACAACUAGAUGAUAUGAAGACAACUCUGUUAGCGGCCAAGAAGAGCAAUGACUGUGAAGCAUGGUUGGUAUCUCUUUCUACAGUUUUCAUCUACUAACCUGUUGAGAACCUUUGAUUUCAAGGGCUCUGUCAAACGGGUCAAACGGCAUCUAGCAUUAGUAGGUCCAACAAAAUUGGAGGGUUUGAAAAAACUGGAAUUUCAGCUUGUCCUUUGAGCAAGCAGCUCUUGCAUUUUGCUUGCCCAAAGCCUGCGAGCAAGCUCUCUGGGGUGCUCUGGCGGUGGGGCAGGAAAAGAAAGGAGAGCUUGCAACUACAUCUAUGGAAUUUGAAUAUCUGCAUUAAAAAAGUCGAUACAAAAUGCUGAUUGGCAGAGGUGACAUUGAUAAUGAUGUCAUUACCCUUGGCACAGGUUUUUCAAUGUUUGUUUACAUUCGGGGUCAUUAUACCUUCACGCCGAUUGGCGGAAAUCUGACAUUUCAGUCAACGGGGAGCCACAGGGGAAUUGCAGGUGGAAUUCAAAUUCCAGAGACGUAGUUGCAAGUUUCCUUCCUUUUCCCACCCCACUGCCAGAGUGCCCUGAAGAGCUAGCCCCAUUCACAGGCUAGCUUGCCCAGGGCGACUUCAUGGUAAUGUGGUUUUCGUAAAGAGACAGUCAUCUUUAUUAAUCUCCUCUUUUUUUCUCCUCAGCUUGAAAAGAAAAACAGAAGCUGAAGGUGAUGGUGAAACUACAGGCCUCAAGGGCAGUGACCAGGAGAAACAGAAUAAUGAUGGCUGGACAGUUAUUGUAGGGAAAAAAUCAAAGAGUCCCAUGAAUAAACCAACCCUUGACAGAAAAGAACAGGCUGUGCAGCAACAUAAAGACGUGGACCAAUUGUGUGAGAUUGACUUGACAAGUCCACCUCGUUCAUAUAGGCAGUCUGUUGGUCAGAAAUCAAGCGUCAGUGAUGAGCAAGAUACCAGCUCAUGUAAUGCUGAAUCUUCUGAGUCAACGGGAGGCAACAAUGCCUGUGGUGAAGCAAAACCCCCUAUUAGUGUGACACCCACUCAAGUAGGAAACAUCACAAGGGCAGAAAAUUUGAAAGAAGUGCCAUCAACAUUGUCAAGUUCGGCUCAAGAACCACUUUUGUCAUCAGAAAAAAAUCAGCCAACUGUCCCCAGCGAUACCAAUUCAAAUGGACAACAGUUUCCCAUGAACAUACAUUCUAGUAAUGGUCAACAACCAGUGCCUAUGAUUGCUCCACCAGGGUUUCCCACACCAGCUACUCCAUUCCCUGUCGUUCCUCCAGAACUGUUAUCCCAGUAUUUGUGUAGCCUGCAGAUGAUACAAAACGGUGUUGCUUCAGGUGGUGGGCUGCCUAAAAAUUCUGCACCACUACGCCGUCCCCCUGGUCUUAACACUGAGCCUGUACCAGAGGGGGAAGCACCGGAGCAUUCCCCACCCCCUGCCCCUCCCUCCGCGGGCAAGUUCUCCUCUUUUGACAAGCUUAUGGAGGCUCUCCAGAAGAGGUUUCCUAGCAAAACCAGGUAAAUAUCAGUCCAGAUUGUGUUUUUGCAAACAUUUUGUCAGAGGCUUUUAUUUUCAUUGUUCCAACAAUUGCUGCAAAAUUAAAUUGCUAUCAGCGAAAAUAUCAAGAGAGUUUGUAAAUAGCAGACUAUCCAGUCUAUCAGUACUGAUAUGUCUUGUCGGUCUAGAGAUCCGUAUCUCUCUUUCAAAUCUCAACUUCAAUGUCAGAAUCCUCGUUCAGGGUCAUUGUGUUGUCAUUGUUCCCCUUUUUUACUUGAAACUUGACAUUGAACAAGAUGCAAUGCGCAAACCCUUGGUAAUCAAGCAAGAAACUGACUAAAUUGAAUGAUUUUGCUCUUUUUUGCUAUUCCUAGUAUAUUGGAAUAACUGUCAAGGGGGCAUCUAUUAGACAGGGCGGUGUUAAUUGGAGAGGAGCGUCUAUAAUUACAAACGUAAGGUCGUAGAGAGAGCGUUUAUUCGACAAUAGGCGUUUAUUUGAGAUGGGGUGUCAGUGAGAUCACUUUUGGUAAUUUCCACUCACCGGUUACAGUGUCACUUGCACACUCCCCUUCCCUUUGCAAGUCAGUCAACAUGUAAUCACCGCCACGUAAAGGAAAAGAAGGUGUGAAGACCUGAUGCGUUGUAGACUAGUGUUUGUGCCAUCUCUAUUCAGGCAGGAAUUAAUCUUGUAUCUAAAGAAAGCAAAGGCAGUCUGUGGUUCAGCGGGCUUCAGAGGCAAGCAGAUACCUGAUGUGGUCAAGUGUGUGGAGGACUUGGUUGAGCUUGAGGUAUUGUUAAUCUUCCCUUAUCUCCUCUCUGCUAGUAUUAGCUAAUAUUAAUUAUAAGCGUUCAUUCUAAAGUUCUACAUAGUGGCACAAAUGUCCAACUGUCUGUAAGAACUGGACAUUUUCUAAAUAGAAAGUAUCAUUAUUUCAAGGAGUAACUAUUUUUUGUUACAAAGACAUUGAAUGUUUUUCCGGUGUUGACUAGUGUCUCAGUCGUGGUCCUUUGUUUUCAAUUCAAGAUGGUUUCUUAGCUUUAGGUUUGGAUUCGUCAGUGUAUUUUUUUUAUUUUUGAGCUCUACCUCGGGUACUUCUGGCUUAAUCAGAAGCAUUGUCAUUGAAGAAUUUUCGCAGCACGCCAUAAUAAUCUAGGUUGAACUGAGAUUUGUCAGUUGUCGUGUGAUGUGUUAAACUGGAAAAACGACACAGUGGCCACAGCUUCAACGAUCCACCAUUACCAAGUUUAACGAGAUGGGACAUUGUGAUGCAUUUGUUUGUCUGUUUUUUGCGUCAGUUCGGAGGUGUUGCCAUGUUGGCAGGUGGGGACUUCAAGGCCUGGGAACGCCCCCUUCCUUUCAUGGGGAGAGAGUUCAUGAACCCUUAAAAUCCCAAGGGUGACCAAGAUCAAUUUUCUCCUAACAAUAGAGAGCUUAAUUUUCUGAGACGACGACCACUGCGAUUACGAGAUUUUCGCAGCACUAAGUAGUGCUCUUUUGGACCGUGAGCCAACGUCAUUUUGGCGGGAAAACGUGAUAGCCGUCGUCAUUCUACUACGAGUUUUAGCGAGAAUGUCGCAGCGGCGGGAACAAGUUAUCAAAUUUGAGAAGUUUAAUCAUUUUGCGACCGGGAAAAGGCUAAACCUUCUCCAAUAAAAAUAACUGCUCUUAUUUUUCAGGUGAAAAUAGUACGAUGAAGGUUUUCGUGUUGAAUAUUUUUGAGAAUACGCGCAAAAACUUUAAGUUAAAUCUCGUAUUCGUUCUCGUCUUCUUAUCUAAAGCUCUCUAAUAUCAAUACAUUAUCCAGUGGAGAGGUUAUGAGAAUUGACAAAAUGAUCAUCUAAGGGAAAAUGCUGCGAUCUUUUUUCAAAUUCUCUCAACUAGUUCCGUAUGGAAAUGUGUGGAGAUCAGUAUGGAGAAUUUGAUUAUGGAUAUUGGACCUUAAAGGGUUGAUAAUAGAACUCCUGUGUCCAGCGUCGGUGUAGUUUAGUUUUCUAGUACUGUAAAGUUGCGUGAUUUAACUACCAUUUCCUUAAUGGCCACGGAAUUAGUUAAAGCAAGUGAUUUCUCUGUCGUCUUAUUUCUUUGUUUACUUUAUUUUUAUUUUCUUUGUUACAGGGAAGUCAAGAAUCAGAGGGAAGGCAGGAGUAGCCUACUGAUCACUUAAAUACCUCGUUGUUUUGUUCAAAAGCAUUUCCUUUGGCUGGCGGCUAUUCUUGAAGCUUGCUCCCAUCUACAGUGGUCGUGACUAUGAGUCCUCUGUAGGAAAAGUAAUAACUUGUUGAUGUUCAAAUGCACCGUUAAACUUUGCUGGGCACAUGACCGAUUUUCAAGUUAACAAUACUGUUGAGUAGCCAGAGUUAUGCUUCUGGUAAGACCAAGCUGAAGAACUGAAAGAAGUUUUCGAUUGACAAGUCCAAACGCAAAUAUUCCGCAAGAUCAUUGUUAAA